AUGGUGGAGCUCCGGCCCUGGCAGGAGGGAGCGGGGCAGGCAGCAGGACCACAGCCCGUCUGUCGGUCAGGAGGGCAGGCUCUGCCCCCUCAGGGAAUCCCACGGGAUUCCGGAGAGUCCCGCGGGGGCCAGGGGCAGGAUAUAAACAGCUAUGAGAUCCAGAAGAAAAACUGCACGUGGCUCAUGGUAACACAUGAAAUGUGUAACAAAGACGAUGUGAUGACAGCACUAGAGAGAGCCACUGGUGACGUUGUGCUCAAGUUUGAACCAUUUGUUCUUCACGUGCUAUGUCAAGAGCUGCAAGAUGCACAGCUUCUGCAUUCAGUGGCUAUCGAGUCUGGGUUCAGGAACUCUGGUAUUACGGUUGGCAGAGGAGGAAAAAUUAUGAUGGCUGUCCGGAGUACCCAUGGCUUAGAAGUUCCAUUGAGCCACAAGGGGAAAUUGAUGGUCUCCGAAGAAUAUAUUGAAUUUCUGAUACAUGUAGCUAAUCGGAAAAUGGAAGAAAACACAAGGAGGAUUGACAGAUUCUACAAAUGCUUAGAGUUAGCUUUGAAAACUGCCAUCAGUGCAAACAGUUCGCCUUCUGAGGAGACGGAGAAGAAUCGCUCUGUGUACGUUCACAGAAGGAAGAGAAAGACCAUUCAAGAACAAGAUGUACACACCUCUCCAAAGGAUCACAGUGAAGAAGUGGAGCCUGAGGAUGAUGCAGAAAGCAAUCUUGAUAUUUUUGCUGAUAUCAUGAUAUAG